GGCGACGCGACGCAGGCCGCACGCAUAUCGAUAUCGCGUAAGCGUAACGUAAUCCACGCGUACACACACGUAAAACAUUACGCCGUGCGAUAAUUCAUAAUUCGAAUAAUGUGCUUGUGUUUUUAAAGUGAUGUUUUAAAUUCAUUGUUUAAUCUGUCUUUUGAAUUUUUUGUGUGGGAUUUAGAGAAAUUGAUAAAAAAUGACGACGAAAACGAAACGACUGGGAUUUCAGCUGAAGACUUUUAUUUUGAUAGCCUGGUUAUCAAUCCAGAGUGGUGAUGGAUACAGCUGUCCGUAUGGCCAGCACUGUGCCCUGGAACCAGCACCUCCGGGGAAAACUCCACCUUGUGCACAACCUGGACUUACUUACUGUGUGCAUCCUGAACCUUAUCCGGAGAAAAUAAUCCGACAGCUGAUAGAAGCAGGACAGUACGACAUUAGCACUCUUCUAUCAGACGAAACCCGCGACGAGUUUUCGCUGAAAAAAAACGACUACCCUUACGAUUAUGGGCCCAAUUCAUUGCCCCACGUCGACCAGAUUUCCCUGGUCAAUGACCCACAUUAUCAAAAAAACUACAAGUUUCAUACGCGAUAUAACCAUGACAUAUUUUCUCAGAAGACCCCGCUCCAACCUCCAACAGCGAGCGACCCGACACCAUACAACAUCAACGCCUACCAUGCAAGCAAUUUCUCCAAAUUCGGUUUCCAUGGUUACUCCCCAAACGGUUAUUGGAACCCGACCAGGAGUUUUGGAGAUUAUGACAAGAAAGUCUUGAGACAGAGUCCUUUCAAUCAGAAUUUCUUCGAGCCAACCAAUUUUUAUCCGAACUAUGAGAGCCAUGAAUGGUUUCGUCCUUCCUCUAGUGGAGUGUCGCAGUACAAUCCUAAUGAGUGGUGGAAAUACGUGUCACCGUCCCGCUCUGACGUGACGAUAGAGAGAUCAGUGACGUUUCCCACUCGCACGGCAACGGUGCGCAGACGCAAGAGAAACGCUGAGUUGGUGAAGGCGGCUGAGAAACGAACUUUAACUGGAGCUGAGGCGUUAAGGAUAGCUUUGGGACUUGCUAACGAAGAUUCUUCCGCAGAACGCCGCCGCCGACAAGCAGCCACCUCUAAUACACAGACUCUCUGCUCCGUCCGAACUGAGUUUAUACCUAUUAGGGCAGCUCUCAAUAACAAAGGCAACUGGAAAUAUGUCGUCAACAUGCCUGAUAACAUGUCACAACUAGUACGAGCUGAGAUUUGCACAUCUACAACAUGCAGUGGGAUAUGCACAGUGCCUCCGGGAUACACUUCACGUUGCGAGCAAAAAUACAUUCAAAAACGUUUGGUUGCACUUCAGUCAAGCGGACAGAAUCUUUACACGGACUUAUUUUGGAUACCGAGCUGUUGCCAAUGCACAUUUACUGCUAAUUCAAAUUGAGUUAAGGCUUCAAAUCUACACAAAUGUGAUUUAUCAUUAAAACAAAGCUUUCUGUUUAAAUGGAAAGUUAUGCUAUUCCCUACUAGAUGGCACUACUAUAGCUAAUGUACUUGCGAACUUGUAAGAUAUUA